AGUGUUGACACUUUGGUAGGGAGAUGUAAUACAGUCGCGCCGGCGAAGCUCCCGACGCUCUCAUGCCGGCCCGGAAUAAGUCCUGUGACGAUGUUAUUGAUAUUCGUGCCCAUGGUGAAGAGACCAUACCGGCAUAGAUGAUUGCAGGUGUGUAAUUUAAAUGGACUGAAGCUUUAUCGUAAGCUUGAUUCUAUGGUCAGAAAUGCUCUAAUGCGCGCCCCCCGGCGAUGACGUGGGCGUGUAGCGGCUUCGAAUUGCACUUUACACAUGAGCUUUCUCGGCUCGCGCAUUCGCCCACCAAGAACGCACCGUAUCACCUGGGACUGCGCAGAGCUGCAGGCGCUCGUUCGCUUGUCUCUUCCAAGCUGGCGCGACCCUCUUUCAAACGUUUCCUACGACGCUUCUGGCACGAUAACGUCUCGCGACCCACGAAGUUAGGCCUGCGAACCAUUCGCUCUACCUAUUUUCCUUCUCUCGGACAGGCCUCGAAAAGCCAAAUCUUUCAAUUGCUUCUCGGAAAAGGAUUGCGACGUCAGAACCAUUUGCCCGGCCUUCGAACAAGUCUCGUCGCUCGCCUACUCGGGCGCCGCUCAUCACCCCGAACUCCUCGUCUGUACAAUGGGUCUGGCUCAGGCAGGCGCAAGAUGGCCGCAACAGGAUAUGGUAAUUACAGCUCGCAAUAUGGUGAUUCGUUCGAAGCGCGCAUCGAGGCUCGAGAGCCCGGGGCUAGGCGUAAGAAGCUGGCGGGAUACAUAAAGGCUGCAAAUGAGCUCCGCCAAACAUACUUCAGCGCAGAAGCGCCACCAGGACCUAGCAGGCAUACAUCCGAUGACACGAAGCAUCCAUUUCCCCAUGCGUCAGCUGUGCGUCACAGAAACGAGGAGCUCAUGCUGUUUCCAAGCUAUGCUAGGCGACAUGUAAAAGAUGAGACUCCGCCCACGGAGGCUCGUUCUGGGGAAGAUGCAGAUGAAGAGUACUGGCGAAGGAGAUGGGAGACUGAGAACUCGCGGAACGCGAUCGUUGACGUUGAUGUACGAGGAUGGGUCUACGCCCCACAGAAGGGGCCCCUGACAAGGAAGCAUCGACUUUUGAUCGGCCUAGCACGGCAACUAUCGGGAAUCCCAGCGCCGGCUACAACUCGUCCGAAUGAGCCUUCUGAUGCAACGGCGGAUUUGGACAUAUCGCAACAAGACGAGGAUUUGAUCGCGUUCGAGGCCGACAAUAUCACACGUAAAGGCAGAGAAGAACAAAAAGCUGCGCAGCGAGGCUCAUAUUCGGAGCAGCCAGGCAAGGAAAAUGCUGGCGACAUGCCUGACACCACAGGUGUCAAUGACUUUGCGACACACAGUCGCCGACAGGACUCGACCACCAUUGGUGGAUCGGCAUCUGAUCUGCCCUUGAGAUCUAGAUCAUCGUGGCCAACGCCAGCACAAAUGAACGACGCAGAGAUUGCUCAAGCAAAUGCACAUCUGCUUACCCGCUUGAAGCCAUUCAUGGCAAAUCCUCGAGCGGAGUCGAUCGUGAGAGCGUUUUUCUUCAACGAGCACGCCUCGAGAGAACAUAUCACACGAACAGAUGCUUCAGGCCAUUUUAGCUUUCGCUCGGCGCUCGACUUUAUACCUACUCAUGUGCGUGUCCUCGCCGGAGAGGACCUUCGACUAUCUGUGACCGAGGAAGUGGCGAUGACUUCUUCGACCGGAGUGAGCAUGAUAAGUGACAUUGAUGACACUAUCAAACAUUCGGCAAUCAGUGCGGGAGCACGUGAGAUCUUCCGCAAUGCCUUCAUCCGGGACUUCACUGAUCUCACGAUCGAAGGAGUACGUGAAUGGUACACGACGAUGCACGACAUGGGCGUGAAGCUUCACUAUGUUUCCAAUUCGCCGUGGCAAAUGUAUCCUAUUUUGACGACGUUCUUUAAGAUGGCACACCUCCCAAAGGGCUCCUUUCACUUGAAGCAGUACUCUGGAAUGCUCCAGGGCAUAUUCGAGCCUGUGGCCGAAAGGAAGAAGUCGUCUCUUGAUAAGUUGAUGCGAGAUUUUCCUGAACGAAAAUUCAUUCUCGUUGGCGACAGCGGCGAGGCCGACCUCGAAGUCUAUACCGAUGUGGCUCUAGAUAAUCCAGGGAGGAUCCUGGGUAUCUUCAUUCGAGACGUGACGACUGCCGUCAAAUCAGGCUACUUUGACCCAAGUUAUAGUCCAACAGGCCUGGGCGGCAUGCAGCCUUCGCCUCGCAUGCAUGCUCGCCAGAGCAGUAGCGACAGCAUCUUUGCGAUGUCUAAACGGAUUCAGCGACCUACAGACAUCAGAGACGAUGAGGCAGAGCUCAAACUGGCGAUUGCUGCCUCUUUGAAGGAUAUGGAGGACGAGACGAGACAAGCGCGCAUUUCAGUCAAUCCUGACUAUCAUUCUCACAAGACUGCGAAUGGUAGAGGAGCCAAGGCUGUGUUACCAGCUCUGCCACCUCGACAAAAUGCAUUUACGACAACACGCGCAGCAUCUGAUAUCCCUCUGACCGCGUCCCCUGAACAUGACUUGAUCGACUUCACAGACAUGAGCUGGUCCACGCACGCACAGCUUGAGCAAACAACGAGCAAGAGCAGCGACCCUACGUCGUUCACAGGCAUUAGGUCAACACUUUCCCCUCCACCUCCGCCCAAGCCGGCAAGUCUUAGAAGUCCUUCGCCGAACACGGCUCGAGGAACGCCGUCCGAAGAGAACACAAACAAAGCACCCCCUCCAAGGCCUCGUAAACCUUCCAGCGCCGUUCGCGCUCCCGGACUCACCGUCAAGACAGACCAAACGCAUCAGCCUUCGCCACUAUCGCAAGUUACGCGACAGGCCUCAGUCGUGGCAUCUCGGCCACCACUUCCGGCUCGGCGGACUUAUCGUGAGUACGCCAAAGAGAAAAUCACCAAGGCACUACCGGCCACCGCUUCAUGGCAAAUGGGCGACCUACCACUCGGCUCGCCGAAGAUGCGGCCAACAGGAGGCAGUCGCGUGAACAGUACGCCGACGUCGCCGCUCGCCGGGCCGAUGCGUACCGCUCGGUCAUUUGAGGACCUCAACCUCCCCGAAUCUUCUUUGCCACCACCACCAACACCGCCACCGCCGCCGCGAAGGAAUCGCUCUUCCUUCUCCUUGACGCCAUCUCGACGACAUUCACAUGCACGGUCCGGGAGCUGGGACGAAGACGGCAUGAGUAGUCCGGGUGCUGGUGAGAACGUCAGUAAGAAGGAGUACCUCUGGAAGCAGAGGCUGGCCCGAGCGCAGGCUCUGCUGGAACGGAAUGGAGUUACCGUCAGGACCUGGAAGGUAGGAAGCGACAUCGCGGACGUGUGCAUCCGCUUAGUCGAGAUGGAAUUGAGACGACAGGCGGACAAGAUAAACGCCAACAACGAAUAGAAAGCUACCAACCACAUUUGCGAAAAAAAGUACAGAUGCAUUCCCAUGAUAGACCUGGUUACAAGCCUAGAAAAGCCUAGAAAAGCCAGCUGUGUAAUUGUACAACCAAUGCUACAUAUUA